GGGUCUUCUUCACAGAGACCUGAGACCACAGAAUAUAUUCCUCACUAGAUUUGGGACAAUUUGUUUGGGAAAUUUUGGAAGAGUCAUUAAAAAUGUUGAAAGAUCUUCAGAGAAUGGAGCAUUGGCAUAUUUAGGUCCAGAGAUUCUGAAAGGUGAAACAUAUAACACCAAAAGUGAUAUAUGGUCCCUGGGGUGUGUGCUGUAUGAACUGUGCAUGCUGCAGUCUGCAUUCACAGCAGAGAGCACAAUCAAGCUCACCUCCAAAAUAUUAGAUGGUGUUUACCCAUCUCUCCCAGAGAGCUUCUUACCUGAGCUCCGUGCCUUGCUUUGUUACAUCUUCCAUCAAGACCCAUCCAUUAGACCUUUAGCUGGAGAGAUCCUGGCAACUCCCUUCAUUAUUAGUUUCCUCACAAAAAAGAGUGAGAAAACUUUGAAGAAACUCCAGACUAAUCUGGACAACCUGAGAGCGUUGGCAGACGGCUUGGAGCGUGUGCACCAGGGCACCACCAUAGGCAGUCUGGCAGGAGGUGUUAUUGGGGCCGCUGGAGGAAUCACCUCCAUAGUGGGACUCAUCCUAGCUCCCUUCACUCUGGGCGCCUCCCUGAUCGUCACUGGGGUCGGUGUUGGGGUGGCUGUCGCUGGUGGAGCCACAGCCGGAGUAUCCAACAUAACCAACAUGGUCAAUCAGUCUACAGACCGAAAAGCCAUCAAGAACAUCAUCAUCGAGUUCCAGGAGAAGAUUAAGUCUUUGGUGACAUCUAUACAAGUCAUCGCUGAGGGGUUGGAGACACUGAGGGCAAGUGUCUCCUUUGACACAGGAAGUGACAACUCCACUUCUGAGAAUCUGUCAAGGGUUGGAGCAAGAAUUGGGAGGGGCCUAGGGGCCAUUCCAGAGCUUGUCCGAUUGGUCCAAGUGGCCAAUAUUGGCAGGGUUGUAGCCCAAACUGCCAGGGCAGUGCGUGUGGCAGAAGUGGCAACAGGAGUUUUCUCAGCUUUUUUUGUAGCAGUGGAUCUGUACUUCAUCGCCGUGGAUGCCAAAGAGAUCCACAACAUCCGACAGGCAAAGGCGAACAGGCAGUCUGUUGAUACCAGUCGUUUAGAAGUGAUGGACACUGACUCGACCACAGGGCUGAACCCUGAAGGUGAAGAUCCAGUAGCUGAACCCAAGCCUGAGGUCAAAUCAGAGACCAUGAAGUUCAUCCAGACGAUCAGACAGACAGCUGAUCAGCUACAGGAGAGCCUGAUGGAACUGAGUGACAUCAUUGCAUUAAUUCCAAAGUCCUAGAAGACUAUUACUGGGACAACUGAGACUAUGCUGUGUUGAGAUGAUUUCAAAAUAUGUGGAACAAGAAAUAUAAGAGAUUUAAUAACUCCAGUACGAGCGAUGUUACUUUCAAACCAUGACUGGCUUACAGUUUUCAAUCAUCUUUAACUUUUAUUAUCAGCUCUGAAAUUCAUGUUCAAAUCCACUAUGGUGUAUUUGAAGACAGCAAUACUGCUGAACUUUAUGCUUUUUUCUUCUUCCAAACUGAUGACAUAUCUUUUACACAAUUAAAACAU